CCCUUCAGGAUACUACAGUGGCGACAGGUAGUGAUCAUUUCGCGUGUGAAAUAAGUUAUAAUAAACUUAAAUGUCUAUCGGCAAGUUACAAGAAUUUAACGUCAGCAAUGGCGCGUGGUCGUCGUACAUGGAUCGAGUGGAAAUGUACUACAAGGUCAACAAAGUGCAAGACGACAUGAAAGUGCCGGUAUUAAUUGCAGCGAUGGGAGAUGAGGCGUAUGAGCUGCUGGAGAAUUUGGCCAGUCCUACAAAGCCAUCGGAGCUAACCUUAGCUCAAAUAAAGACGUUAAUGUCAAAUCAUUUGCAGCCAACACCGUCGUCGCUAGCGGAAAGAUACCGGUUUCGACAAAGGCGGCAAAAUGCAGGUGAAAAUGUAUCUACGUAUGUGGCGGAGUUGAAAAAGCUGUCAAAGCAUUGUAAAUUUGGCACGGAGCUAAAUGGAAAUCUAAGGGAUCAAUUCAUUUGUGGCUUAAUGAGCGACUUAAUUAGGCAACGGCUUUUUGCGGAGGACGACAACAUAACCUUCGCAGCUGCAGUCAAACUUGCAACCUCAUUGGAGGCAGCAGAGCGGGACGCGGCGUUAGUGGAGCAGGCAAAGGUAACGAGUUCGAGCGGGACGGGAGAUGCGCAGGCCGUGAUGUUUGCGAGUCGGGCGACAUCGAGUACAUUCAGCGGAGGACAAUCGCGGGCGCCGGUAGUUACGCAACAGCGGCGAAACGCAAAUUUUAAUGGCCGGCAAGAGAGGCACUGCGAGGCCUGUGGCGCGCGCAACCAUAAUUACGCGACUUGCAAGUUCCGGGACUAUGUGUGUAGCAAGUGCCAGCGUACAGGCCACUUGCGGCGGGUGUGCCCGGACUGGGGCGCGGCACCGGGCACCGCGGGCCGUGGCGGAGCGCGGGCGCCGGCCCGGCGCGGAGGGGCAGCGGCGGCGGCGCCGGCGCGGAGUGCCAUGCAUUAUGGGGUGGCCGAUCACGAGCAGAGUGAGGAUUACGGCGGAGACAUCGAGGAAGAAUUACAUCACCUAUGUUUAAAUAACUACCCGGCGAUAUGAGGCGUUGUUCAGCGACGGACUGGGCCGGUACAAGGGCGGCAAGGCGACUUUGAGGGUGCGGGAAGGUGCAGCACCGGUGUUCCAUCGCGCACGCCCGAUGCCGUACGCGCUGCGC